AUGGUUCGUGCUAUUAUCUUCAUUUCUGCUAUGAUUGCUCUCAUUGCCGGUGUCUCUGCUGCACCUCAUGCUGGUAAUGGCCACAAUGAUGUUGAAAGUACUGAUAUUGAUUAUAAAAAGAAAUUUUCUGGUGUCGGUGAUAUUCUCGAUGACGAGGAAAUCCUUAACGAUUUCCUUAACUUUUAUGACUGGACUAUCAAGAACAUUAUUCAAGAUGUCAAUAUCCUCGCUGAAGAUAAUGGUGACUAUUAUGACUCUGAUAAAAAUGGCCCCGUUGUUGGUUAUAAAACUAAGGACGAAGGAUGUGAUGGUGAUGAAUGCGACCUUCAUGGCCUCUCAGCCAGAAAUGAUCACCCUUGUGAUGAUGAUAAAGUCACUCUUACUAAGCGUUAUAAAAAUGCUGCCAUUGAAGCUGAUACCCCCGCUGUUAGAUUUGCCAAAAUGAUCAAUACUAAGGGAAACAAGAUAACCGACAAGAAGACUAACGCUUAA